AUGGUUGCAGACCGCGCAGGCUAUACGGUGACGAUGUUCCUCGUCGACAUCUCCCCUUCAAUGGUGGAAACUCGCAUCGUCGACCUUCCUCCUGGUCCAACCGGCGAAGAGCGCACCCGGGAAGUCUCCAGUCUCGAGUAUUCACUUCAGUACGUCAAACUGAGGAUACAAGAUAUGAUAUUCCACGGACGAAAAACCGAACAAUGCGGGGUCAUCAUCUUUGGCUCCGAUGACACACACAAUGUUGUCAACGAAAAGAAUGGUGGAUAUGACCAUGUCACCGAGUUCAUUCCCAUUGGUCAGCCUAAUGCAACCACCUUGGCCAAGCUCGACACCUUGAAACCUUCUGAAACUUCUGGGGACCCUAUUGACGCUUUGAUAGUUGCCAUCGAGACUCAGGAUCAAUAUCUCGAGAAGAAACGUACUUGGACGCGCAAAAUCGUCCUUCUCACAGACGGCAAAAACCCAAUGGAGAUUGAGGAUUGGGAAGCUACCGUCCACAAGAUGAACGCCUUGCACAUCUCUCUCGAUGUCGUGGGCAUUGACUUCGACGACGAGGAAAUCGGUUAUCAAGAAGAAGGCAAAAAAAACAUAAAGUUCGAGAACGAGGCAUUUUAUGCCAAGUUCACUUCGUCGUUGAGCAAUGGCGAAGUUGGUACAUUCGAGAAAGCCCUGCAAGAGAGGUACCGUCCAGAACCAAAAGAUACCAAGUCUACUCUCAUGGGCACUAUGCUCCGGCUUGGUGACGUGGAUGUGCGACCUGACGAAGCGAUGGAGGUGUUGGUCAAGACGAGCAAAUGUACCAUGCUCGAGCGCCCCAAGAGCUGGAAGAAAUUCGCCAGACGCCAGGCAGUAAAGCAAGACGCAGAGGACGAGACGCAAGACGUGGACGGUCAAGUGGACGAAGAUAAGAAGACCGUCUUCAGCCAGCUAAGGAUGCGAACCGAGUACUACGUUGACCACAGCGAGAGCAAAGACGACACGGACGAUGAAGACAACGAAGAAGGCGAGGACGUAAAGAAGAAGAAUGCACCAGAGAAGGUCGAAAAGGAGCAGCUUAUCCGCGGCUUCAAGUAUGGGGCUACUUAUGCGCCUUGUCCUGACGGACAGUUCCCCAAGCUCCCGACGAAGAAGGGAAUCGAUAUAUGCGGGUUCUUUCAUCGACAAAACUUUCGCCGCGACUUUUCUAUGGGUGAGGUUCAGUACGUGUGGGCAGACCCGUCUUCUGCAUUGCAACAAGUCACACUCUCUUCGGUGGUGCAAGCGAUGGCGGAUAAAGACGUGUUAGCAAUCGCUCGCUGGGUUAUGAGGGACGGGGCCGAUCCGAAGAUGGGCGUAUUAUGCCCCAGCCAAUUCGAUAAAGUAGACUGUCUGCUCUGGGUCCAGAUGCCGUUUGCAGAUGAUGUACGCAAAUAUACGUUUGCACCCCUUGAACACUUGGUGUCAAAGAAAGGCGACCCGAUCACGACUCAUCCUUACCUUCCAACCUCGGAGCAAAUGUCGGCAAUGGAGAAUUUUGUUGACGCGAUGGAUCUCAUGGAUGCUGGUGAAAAAGACGAGGACGGACAUCGUCAACCCUGGUUCGACACCCGUCUCUCGUACAAUCCAGCUAUACACCGAACCAAACAAGCACUAUAUCAUAGUGCAAUCGUGAACGAUGUCGUCUCGAAUCCACUGGCGCCGCCCCAUCCGGAGCUCGUCAUGUACUUUGAUCCACCAAAGCGUGCAGUCAAGCGCGCUCGUGAGGCUGUCGAGGAGUGUCAGACCGUGUUCAAGGUCAAGGAAAUCCCCAAAAGAGCUGCCAAGCGUGCCCGAAAAGACGGCCAUGUGCGCGCCAGAGACGACGAUGAGGAAAUGCUGCUACUUGAUCUCAAGGGACCGAAGCCAUCCGCCUCCGAAUCUCAAACUACCUCACAAGAGCCAUACACAAACCAGGUUUCAGAGGAUGCAGACGCAGGUUCUGAGACGGAGAGCGAGGACGAAGAACUAUUGCUUGACCAACCCAAGUCUGGUGCAAAGGCAAACCCACCACCGACGCCUGCGCGACUUGCAUCCACGGAUGUAGACCCAGGGCGCGAGCGAGGACGGAUUAUAGGCACGACAUAUCCGCUGCAAGACUUUAAGAAGAACAUUGCCCAGGGUGAUCUCGUCACGAAAGCUGUCGAAGACAUGGCGUACGUUAUCAAAGAGAUUGUUUUGCGGCCCUUUGCGAGUCGCAGGCAUAAAGAGUUGAUCAGUUGUUUAACCGCGUUACGGGAAACUUGUCUCAAGGAAGACGAAAUUGAUGCCUGGAACAAAUUCUUGCGAGAUUUGAAAGAAUCCUGUCUUUCUCCGCCAGGUAACCCAGCAUUUUGGGCAGAAGUGAAGAAAUCAGGCAGAGGCAUGAGUCUCAUCAGUAGUCCCGAGGCUGCAAACCUGGGUGGAGUUUCAGACAUCUCAGAAUCAACAGCCAGUAAUUUUAUCAUGUAGCUAUAGGAUUUGAUGAUUGACUUGAGGCCAUCAGGAAGAUCGUGACCUUCUGGUCGGACUUUUGAGACUUUCCAGGCCUUGUGCCUGGUCAGCCAAGACCACAAGG